AUGGGUGACAAGCGCAAACUUGUGCAGGAUGAGGCGGUCGAGCCCGAGGGCAAGAAGAUGAAGAAGGAGAAGAAGAAGGAAAAGCGCAAGUUGCAAGAGGAGUCCGAGGUUGUCGCUCCCACCGAAACUGCUGCCCCGACACAGGAAGUGGUGAAGGAAAAGAAAGAAAAGAAGGAAAAGAAGGAAAAGAAGGAAAAGAAGGAAAAGAAGGAAAAGAAGGACAAGGAGGACAAGUCCGAGAAGAAGGAGAAGUCCGACAAGAAAGAGAAGAAGGAGAAGCGCAAGGCCGAGGAGGCCGACACCAAGCCUGCUGCUCCCUCCGAGGACGUUAUGGAUGUUGAUGUGACCCCUGCCGAGAAGGUGGACGCCGAUAAGAAGGAGAAGAAGGAGAAGGAGAAGGACAUGAAGGAGAAGAAGGACAGGAAGGAGAAGAAGCAGAAGAAGGAGACGACCGAGCCCGUGGCUGAGGCCAAAGAAGAGCCUACCGCUGAAUCCGCGGAGGCCCAGCAAGCCCAGAAGAGUUCCCGCUUCAUCUGCUUUGUCGGCAACCUUCCCUACUCCGCCAACCACGAGUCCUUGACCAAGCACUUCGAGAAGAACCCCCCGGCCACAAUCCGCGUCGCAACCAAGAAGGAAGACCCCAAGAAGUGCCGCGGCUUUGCAUUCAUUGAGUUUGACAACUAUGACCGCAUGAAGACCUGCCUCAAGCUGUACCACCACUCCACCUUCGACGACGGAAAGUACCCGCCCCGACGCAUGAACGUCGAGCUGACUGCUGGCGGCGGCGGCGCCAAGUCCGAACACCGCAAUGCCAAGAUCCAGGCUAAGAACGAGAAGCUCAAUGAGGAGCGCCAGCGCCAGGCUAAGGAUAUCCAGAAGGACAAGAAGAAACACGACAAGAAGGCUGCCCCCGCUGGCGGAUCUGGUGCCAACGCUGCUACCAUGGACGGCGCAGCUGACAACGCUGGCAGCGCUGAGAACGAUCAGUGGGCUGGUCUCCACCCUAGCCGCAGAGGCCGAGUUUAA